AUGGCUUCAAUAGGAUCGAGUCGGCCUCAGCUCAAGUCCAAGUUUAGCGAAUCCUACACAGCUCUGCUGCAAGGUAAGCAGCCAUGGCUUGAAAGCAACGGCUUUCCCGUGUCAGCUUCUUCGUCUUCAUUCGACGCCCAGGCCGCCGCUCGACCAGCUGCCUCACGCUCGAAGUCGGCAGGCAAAUCCAACUCUGGUCCACGUACGCGCUACUUUGCCGAUCUACUUUGCCUUCCAGUAGAGACCCGCUUUGUCGCUCAGCAGCUUGAAGCAAUCCCUCCAGAGACCCUACUCGAUGAUGAUCCGCACGCCAGAGGCGCUCACAUCGCCGACAACAUCGGGUCUCUCUGGAGGGAAGCCAUUCGUGUAUGGCGCGAGAGCGAAGAAGACGAGGUGCGCAGAAGAAAUGCUGUCGAUACCCUGGUAGCGUUAUCCUUUCCUAUCCUCAACAAGCGCUUUGCCAACUACUCGUUUGACAUCAUCACCAUCUUUGCUGGUGGCAUGGACGACGCCGAUGAGACGUUUACUCUGCUUGUCGACUCAAUCGAUGACACUCUACGCGGCGGAGACCUGGCCAGGGUACGUAUUCCAUCUUCAGCUCGCGACGAAGACGACGAGCGAGAGCACGAUCUAGCUCGAGCAAAGGCAAGAGAGUGGAUCGACUCAGAGGUACAGCAUCGCGCGCUACAACUCGGACUCUUGUGGCUCUCCUGUGUGGCGCAGACAUCGCUCGCGGCCUACUUUCUCCGUCGCGACCUCUUUGUCACCGCUUCCACGUUUAUUUCAACGCCAGUUGGCUCUCGAUUUGCCUUCGAGGGUGCAGUGUUUCUAGGCCUUCUCGCCACCAUUGGUCAAGGUGCAGCCGGUGGAGUGUCGCCCAACGUCAGCACCUCGAAUCCGUACGCACGUCGCUUUCGUGAUUGGGUGGACGAAGACUGCAUGGCUAAGAUCCUGGUCGCAGCUUCCACUGCCAUGGAUCAGAACAUCGAGCUAUAUCGACAAGUCGUCGACGACUCACCUCCGACUUUGACAGGCAGUAUCGCCGGACUCGCUAGCUUGCGAUGGGUGUCAAGCCUUGCUGAGCUCGUCUCUUCGCCCACGAGUCCUACGUUUGCCGCUGCUCCCGGCCGUCGUCCCUCAACAGCAUCCACAAUGAUCGGUGACUUUACACAUCUGCCUUCGCCCAGCUGUGUCAUCCUGUUGCCGCUCUUUCUGCUCUCAAGAUCCAACCAGGCAUUCACUUCGCUCAUUCUCGACGUCGCCGACUCGCAACCCGUUCAGAACGAAACACAAGCGCGAGCGCGCGGUGAGUCGUUCUGCCACCUGGCUUCGCUUUCAUCCUACCUUGCUACCCAUGCUUCCGUCUCGUCUCGCUCUGCAUCGUAUUCUCGCAUCGCUCUACUCUCUCUCCUCGUCUUUCUCUACGAUCCACGUGGCAGCCGUAACAUGCUUGCCGAGUCUGAGCACUUGACUGAUACGCUCAGACGCAUUCGCCUCUGUCGUCAACGCGAGCCUGCACUUGCACUGCCACGCACCAAGCGCACUCGACUCGUCACCGCAGUACUCGACACCGCCACCUGCUCAUUGCGCUACAACCUCAGCAAGCGCAUUGAUGUUGCUUCUUACCUCAUCAGUCUGAAACUCGUCCAGCGCGUCGUGAUCCUGUGCUCUGAUGAGCGCAUCCAGCUCGAGUACGACUGGCAAGAUUGUUGGAGCGCAAUGCUGGCGCUUGCGACGUUUCUCGCCUCGCGAUACUCUGAGAUUCGUUCGAGCAAAGAUCUUUCGGAACUGAUCAAAGCGUUGAUCACAAGUUUGAGCACGAUCUUACUUCGAUCGGAUCAUUUCCUGGCGUCAACAAACGAGAUCCACCAGUUUAUCUACGAGAUUGUACGCUGCUCCAUGUCGCUACGGAAGAACGUACUGCUUCUCGAUCCAUCCCUGAAGGGUACGAGCUCCGCAUCGUCGAGUGAUUCAAACCUCAACGGCAGUGCUUCGAUACCAAUCUCUCCCAAAUUGCACAGCCAAGUGCCAGCAUGGAAGAAUCUCGAGCGGGUCAUUCAAGCUGUCGAAUCCAAAAUCGCCGAAUGGGUCGAGCAAAAACCCAGUUCGAGAAAGAACAAAACGCCUGACAUCAACACGAUUAUCAAGCUCAUCGCCAGCAUCGAUCGCGAACACCUGCUUGCAGGUGCAACCACCGAAGACACACAUCCCAACAGCAGCAGCAACGGUAGAGCUGCUGUCGCUUUGGGCGGAGCCGCACACCACGAACUCGAAUGGCUCGAUCGCAUCCAGGACCAGUGUCUGCCCGAAUUCGUUCGACAUGUUUGCUCGGAUAUCUUGCGCAUCCUACCCAUCUAUUAG